GGCCAUGGUCGUGAAAUACUCGACUUCGACUUCGACUUCUACCCCGCCAAUCAAUCAUUCAUUCAUUCACCCCUGUGAGUCUGUAACCGUGUGUUUGAAUGCCACACCUCGGCCACACCUCUGCCACACCCAGUCAAGCUCGAGCUCGAAGUCGAGAUCAUACACACGGACACGGCAGUUCCGACCAGCCAGCCGGCAGAGCAAACGUCCAUAGCUUGAGAGGGAGAGCGAGAGACAGAUGAACUUCCUGUGGCCCUGAUGUCUCUGGUGUCUGGUCUCUGGUCUGUCUCUGGUCUGUCUCUGGUCCAUCUACCUAUAGCUCCACCGUACCGACUAUGUGCUCACUACGGCGUCCAUGAUUCGACCGGUAGUUCGACGGGUGUUAUGUGCGAGAUCUCGCAUUACCAACGCCCGCCCGCCGCGGCGCGCAACAUCCUCCUCCUGGCGCAUGGAUUGUUGUUGUUGUUGGAGGUGGUGGUGGUGGAGGCGGCCAUCGUCGUCGUUUGCGUAGGAAGAACGUCUGCAUUAUCUUCAUACUCUAUCGAUUUGGGUGACGGGCCCUUGGUUGCAGCGUUAGUUAGUUGGUUUGUGGGUACCAAUCUGUGGUGUUGUCUGCCUCUAAAAUUACUAGGCGCUUCGAGCUCGAGGCGGAAGAAGCUUUCGGCGUCGGCGUCGUCGUAGCAGUUGUCGUCGGAACUCACCUACAACUGCAAGCCACAGUUCUAGAAGGCUUGAUCGGGGGGAUGGAAUACAUAGGACGAUUUCGUUCGGGACUGGCCAUGCAACUGGAUCAUUGGUAGGAAGUAGUCUACAUACAUUCCGUCCUCUGCUCUGCAGUCGUGAAUGGCAGCAUCUCUCCGCGAAUGGUUCUACAUAGCUACUGCUAGUAUGGCCCUCUGGAGAGUGGAGUUACAUACGGUACACAUGAGAACUCGGACGGAAUGUGUG